GUUUUUUGCGUUCCUUUACUUUUUUGUCUGUUAUUCUCUAAUAGCGAGCGCAUUUUGCUUACGCUUUGGCAUUUUGAUACUUUUCAGAUUUUAGUCCAAAAAGAUAAGGAAUGAACCUUAUGCAGGCCGAAUUUUGAUCCGAUAUUAUCGAUGUUUCAAAUAUAUCGAUGCAUCGUUUGCCUCUUUAUUUUCAGGAUACAAAAUCGUAGGUGAUUAGUGAGAAAAUGUCUGGACAGUGUGAGCCCUUAACUUUGUCCAAAGAUAUAAAACGUGCAAUAGAAUUGCUGGAAAAGUUGCAAUCAAGUGGUGAUUUUCCAACAACGAAGCUAUCGGCACUACAAAAGGUUCUUCAAAGUGAUUUUUUAAAUGCUGUAAGAGAAGUUUAUGAACACGUUUAUGAAACGGUUGACAUCCAAGGAUCACUGGAUGUACGGGCUUCAGCUACAGCCAAAGCUACUGUUGCCGCCUUUGCAGCAAGCGAAGGACACGCACAUCCUAGAGUUGUGGAAUUACCGAAGACCGAAGAAGUUGGAUUGCCUUGUUGUAAGCGGUGUCAUGGGGUGACCUGUGCCCGCAAUUAAGAAAGUUAAGUACUUCGUAUUCAACUACCGCCGUGACCGCAUCGCACUCGUUUUAUCGGAUUACCUUCUUUGAUUAAGCCACUUGGGCAAAAUUGAAUUAAUUUCUUCAAGUAGUAUUGUAUUGCUUAAAUCUCGCGAAUAAACAAUUGUAUAUAUUUGAAUUAAAUCCAAAAUCCAAUCGACUUUUCUUUAUUGUGGAUUUAGUCACUUGGCGCGCCCUGUGCUAAGAUUUGUUACUCCCUCAAUAAGCAACAGAUG